UUCAAAAACAAAUAUAGAUUUUAUAACAAAAAAUAUAUUUUAUUCAAAAUAAUAUUUAAUUAAGAUCCCAAAUAUUAGUUUUUGCCUGGGGCCUCAAAAAUUGUUGAACGGCCCUGGCUGGUAUACUCCUCUCCAAGAAAUAUCCAUAAAAAACAAGCUUAUAAAAGUAGAUCUAUAAUUUUACCAUUUGAAAAAGUCAUAUAACAAUUAGAGUACCGCAUAAAAGUAAAAAAUAAAAUAAGCUUGGGUUGCAAUUUUAGCAUUUUCAAACGUGACCUCUCUAUGUUGGAAAAUAGAUGGAUAAAAUCUAAACACAUGGAAAUCGGAAAUUCAUAGUUGAAUGUUGAAUGUUGAAUGUUUCACUAGGCUAUGCUGCAAGACAGAAGCCAACAAAGACACCGAGUUUAAAGCACAGCCUUUUACAUUCAAGAAAACUGUCUAUAAAACAACCAAACUAUCAACCUCACUGUAUCACAAAAAUAUUAAAAAUCCACCCAUAAAAGAUGGCUGAUGAUCCAAAAGAUAAAGAAGAGCGUGACCGCAUUUUCAAGGGCUUCGACAGCAAUGGUGAUGGGAAAAUCUCCUCACAGGAGUUAGGUGAGUCGUUGAAAGCACUGGGUUCAGUCACUGCCGACGAGGUGAGUCGUAUGAUGGCCGAGAUUGACACAGACGGAGAUGGCUUCAUUUCAUACCAGGAGUUUACAGAUUUUGCCUGUGCUAACCGUGGAUUAAUAAAAGAUGUUGCCAAGAUCUUCUAAUAUCUUCAAACAACCAUAUUUUUUGUGUUUUGGUUUUGUUUUGUUGUUGUGCAAGCCUUUUUGUAAUAUUGAUUGAUUUGCAUGCCUAUGAAAGGUGCAAUAUCCAUAGCAGUUGUUUUGGAUUUUUCUCCUAAUAGAAAUCUUUUUGGUAGUUGAAA